UCCAGCGCGCGGACGGCCUGCCGGGCGGGCUGGGGGCAGAGCAGCGCGCGGGUGAGGCAGAGAGAGACAGGGCCGAGGAGCAACCACUGCGACAGAGAAGUUGCAAGGCCUAAUACAAGGAACAUCAAGAUUGACCAGUUGUUGCGCUUGAUCAAACUUAUUGAGCUGACUACUUAAGAUCUGGACACUUUACGCAGGUUUUCUUACUUAUAAAAGACCAUGACUACUGAUGAGGGUGCCAAGAACAAUGGAGAAAACCCAGCAGCAGCUGUGGCUGAACGUGGAGAGGAUAUCACCUCUAAAAAAGAUAGAGGAGUAUUGAAGAUUGUCAAAAGAGUGGGGAAUAGUGAGGAAACACCAAUGAUUGGAGACAAAGUUUAUGUCCAUUACAAAGGGAAGUUGUCAAAUGGAAAGAAGUUUGAUUCCAGUCAUGAUAGAAAUGAACCAUUUGUCUUUAGUCUUGGCAAAGGCCAAGUUAUCAAGGCAUGGGACAUUGGGGUGGCUACCAUGAAGAAAGGAGAGAUCUGCCAUUUACUCUGCAAACCAGAGUAUGCAUAUGGAUCGGCUGGCAGUCUUCCUAAAAUUCCCUCGAAUGCAACUCUCUUUUUUGAGAUUGAGCUUCUUGAUUUCAAAGGAGAGGAUUUAUUUGAAGAUGGAGGCAUUAUCCGAAGAAUCAAACGGAAGGGAGAAGGAUAUUCAAACCCAAAUGAAGGAGCAACAGUAGAAAUUCACCUAGAAGGCCGCUGUGAUGGAAGGACGUUUGAUUGCAGAGAUGUGGUAUUCAUUGUUGGGGAAGGAGAAGACCAUGACAUUCCAAUUGGAAUUGACAAAGCCCUGGAGAAAAUGCAACGGGAAGAACAAUGUAUUUUAUAUCUUGGACCACGAUACGGUUUUGGAGAGGCAGGGAAGCCGAAAUUUGGCAUUGAACCUAAUGCUGAGCUUAUGUAUGAAGUGACACUUAAGAGCUUUGAAAAGGCCAAAGAAUCCUGGGAGAUGGACACCAAAGAAAAAUUGGAGCAGGCUGCCAUUGUCAAAGAGAAGGGAACUGUGUAUUUCAAGGGAGGCAAGUACAUGCAGGCAGUGAUUCAAUAUGGGAAGAUCGUGUCCUGGCUAGAGAUGGAAUAUGGCUUAUCAGAAAAGGAGUCUAAAGCUUCUGAGUCAUUUCUGCUUGCUGCCUUCCUGAACCUGGCCAUGUGCUACCUGAAGCUUCGAGAAUACACCAAAGCUGUGGAAUGCUGUGAUAAGGCCCUUGGACUAGACAGUGCCAAUGAGAAGGGCUUGUACAGGAGGGGGGAAGCCCAGCUGCUCAUGAACGAGUUUGAGUCAGCCAAGGGUGACUUCGAAAAAGUGCUGGAAGUUAAUCCCCAGAAUAAGGCCGCACGACUGCAGAUCUCCAUGUGCCAGAAAAAGGCUAAGGAGCACAAUGAGCGGGACCGCAGGAUAUACGCCAACAUGUUCAAGAAGUUUGCAGAGCAGGAUGCGAAGGAAGAGGCCAGUAAAGCCAUGGGCAAGAAGACCUUAGAAGGGGUCACCAACGAAAAGGAAACAGAAAGUCAAGCGAUGGAAGAAAAAGCUGGAGGCCACGUAUGACCCCACGCAAAGGAGGGAAGAGCCCUAAUGAACUCGGCCCCCUCCUCCAUGGGCUUUCACCCAACUCAGGACUAAGCAGUGUUUAAUGUAAAGUUUGUUAGAGUCUGUGUGAGUCUGGAAGCAAAUGGCAAAACCAGUAGCUUCCCAGAAAACAGCCACCCUGCUGCUGCCCAGUGCUCUCCUUGAGGGGGUGGCAUGGGACCACUCCAGGUGGAACAAAAUGGAGAUGACUGUUGGUGUGGCGAGAUUGAGCCAACAGCUAAGUCCAGCUCAUUUCAGUUUCUGUCAACUUUCAAUAUCUAAUUCAGGGUCCCUUGAGAUAAUCCUAACAAUUUGAGGCUAUCUGUUAGGUUUUACAUCUGAUUGAACUUUAAUAGCACUGCAGAAACCUAAAAAUAAAUGUUUCAUGACUUUCUCCUUUCCUGCCGUUGGGUGGGGGAGAGGAGGAGGAGGUUUUGUUUUUUAAUUGACUGAAGUGUUAGCAUUUUUAUCCAAUAGAACCCAUUGGGGAGAGGGGUCUGGAAUUCCCUCAGGUCCUCGGCAGCACCAGACUCAAAAGCCAGAAUCUCAGCGGUCACUUGCUUGCUGACUUAGCCGAACUCCCCCCUCACUAAGCCAGCCUGCUUGGGAGAGUGGGACUCUCUGCACCCAGCCUGGCCCUGGAGGAGGGAGUCUUUCCUUCCCAAAACGUUCUUCAGCAAUGAUAAUGAGCAGAGGGAGUUUCUAGAUUAGCUUCCCUGCUGUCGAUGAAGUUCUGAGAUGCUGAAAUGUGAAAAGAGUAAUCAGAAUUGUGCUUUUUCCCUUCCUCUGUCCCUUGUAGGAUUGUAAUGUUGAGUACAGUACUGCCGGCCAGCAUUGCUGCUGCUCCGUUUCCUAUUACCAUUCUAACCCUUGCUAUUAAGAUUUGAAGAUCUGUUCUUACAAUAUCUCUGACCUGGGGUGGAUUCAUUUACAUAUCCAUUUAGGAUCCACGCAGCUUUUUUUUUUUUCUUUUUUUGUCUUUAAAAAAUUACCGGCUCAUAAACAUGUAUACUGGUUUAUGAAACUUUACUUACACUCCUCUAUCAUGCAAAAAAAAUUUUUUUUUGACUUUUUACUACUAAGUAGCUUGAUUUUUUAAAAACAGUAUCGGUGGAGUUGAAAAAAGGUGGUGGUAUUCUUGUACAUUAAGGGUUCUCCUCACAGGUUUGGCACGCAGUAGCUUUCUUUCCCUGCCAAUGGCUUCUUUGUUCUGGUGUGAGUUGUGAAAAAGAAUUGAAAACCGCUUCCCAUGCAGACACAUCUCACCUAAAAGCUCCAGUCCCACAGCAUGGAAUCAGGGCAAGUCUUAAAAUACAUACACAUAGUGGAAUCUUGGUCCUCACAGGUAAGCGAGACUGAGCGUGGCUUUCUCUCCCUGCGGCCCGAGAAGCACUUGCAGGCCCACAUUUGCAACCGAAGGAAACAGUAGCUCCAACCUGGAACAUCUCACUUGGUAAAAUCCUAAAGAACACUGGCAAUUACUAGUUUUUACUUUAAUGGUGGUUUUAGCAAAACACUUCAACUGUUAGGUUAGGACCCACAUCGAAAUCUAAAAAUAAAAUCCAUUCCAUUUAUACCAGUUUUCUUCUACAUAGAACAAAUGAAAAUUAAAUUGUUUCUCCUUUGACAACUAGAAUCCUUUUAAUUUCCCAUUCUUGUCUUUUUUCAUAAGAUUUCUUUAAAAAGCCCCAGUCUCGCCAAGUAAACAUGAAAAGCAGAAGUCAAUUUUGCUUUGUUUGCUUGACUCCUUAGUAAUUGUAGCUCUGUUGACUAAAGCAGGACUCCAGUGAGGCCAAUACUGAAAUUUGAUCCUAGAAAGGCCAGUUAGCUUUUUGCAGGUAACAACCCAAAAAUGAUUCCAAAUCUUAGAUUAUCCCAGCCAGUUGACUCCUGGGUGUGUAUUACGGGUCACCUCGUGGCAGGGGAGAGCUGGGGUGUGCGGGUGGUUCUAAGCAAAGGAUGGUGAGGUGCCCAUCACCACUAAAAAAAAGAAACUUCGUAUAUUCUUGUAUCAAAUCCAGUAAUCUCAAUUUGUCUGGAAACCAGCAGAUGUCUCUGAACCAUCUUUCAGACUGCAUUUGGAGCGCUGAGGCAGCAUAUGAUGAAUUAAAAACUUGUUAAAAAAAAAAAA